AUGAAACAUAUAUAUUCCUUCAUACAGAACGAGACGAGAUAUACAUAGAACAGGGAAAUGUAUGUAGCGAGGCAAAAGUAAAAAAAAAAUAUGAAAAAAAUUGCAUACUAUGAUACUGUUGAGGGUGUGAGGGCAUUCGUGAGACGUGAGACAAGCGAGGCAUUUUCGUACACUAAGAUAGAACCUGGAGAAGGGGAGAGGCAGUAGUCAAGGAAGUUAGUACAUAGACACAGCAAACGUGUGACAGUGAAUGCACCGCUGUCAUGGGUCUUAAAGAAUUUCGAAUUGUUUUCGAUAAUCCAUGGAAUACUUAUUAUCCAGGCCAAACAGUAACCGGUCGUAUUAUCGUCGUUGUCGAUUCAACGAAAAAAAUACGCGGUAUUAAUGUGAAGAUCAAGGGGGAAGCUAAUACAUGUUGGGCUACAGACAGGCAAGAGUUGAAUCACGAAGGAAGAUAUGAAAAUGAGACGGAAACACUCACUGGUCAUGAGGAGUAUUUCACUGUGCAAUGUUAUGUUGCUGGAUCAGCUUCUGGUGGUGAAGAAAUCAGUCUACCGGUAGGUGAGCAUUUCUAUCCGUUCGCAUUCGCCUUACCCCAGAAUCUUCCCAGUAGCUUUGAGCAUGACUAUGGACACGUCCGUUAUACAAUAAAGGCUAUUCUCGAUAGACCAUGGAAGUUUGAUCAGGAAGCGAAGGCAGCGUUUACUGUCAUUUCACACUUUGACCUCAAUCGAGAAGCUAGAGCAUCGGAACCCAUCCAUCAAGAAAUGAGCAAAACAUUCUGUUGUCUUUGUUGCGGCUCACCUCCUCUGAAAGUCAACGUCAUUCUUCCAGUGAAAGGAUAUGUCCCUGGCCAAUCAAUGCCUAUUAGAGUCAAUGUAGAUAAUCAAUCUGGUAUUGUUGUGGAAAGCGUGAAAUUAAUCCUGCGCAAGAUAAUUACGUUUAAAGCAAAUACUCCGAGAGUUGGUACAAAAAUUGAUAAAGUAGUUGUAGCAGAGGUGAGUAAAGGCCCUGUAGAAGCUGGUGGCACAUCGGAUUAUGAGCAAAAACUUGACAUUCCUCCGCUACCACCAUCGAACUUGACAAAUUGCAGGAUUAUUGAUCUUGAAUAUAAUUUGAAAAUAGAAGCGUGUGUUGAAGGAUGGUACCACAGGAAUCUGAAGAGUAAUACUCUAGUGUUCAUUGGCACGAUUCCACUGGCAAAUUACCAAGGAGAAAUUUUACCCUCAGGUAAGAGAGAACCGGGUGACAAUUAUGAAGAUAAGACUGCAGACCCAACAUACGGUGGUUACCCGAGUGGUUAUCCCCCAUACUCCCCUGGCGAUGGCUACCCCACGGCCCCUCCACAACCCCAUGAUAACAAUGACCUACCGGCCCAACCACCUGACUCUAAUGUUUAUCCCAACUUGCCUCCACCAUCUUACGAAGAAUAUGGAUGGUCCGUGAGGAGCCUCAGAGAGCGUGGCGAGUCUGAUCACGUCAUGGGCAAUCAAGGGCACUUCGCACCGCGUUAUCCUGUCUACAAUUUCACAAAGACGUGAAGAACUGAAAGUAAACAUUUCUGGAAAUGUAAUAACGGAAUUUCUCGCUACAAUGGCCUUUGCAGAUUUGCAGCAUAUUUUUUUGAAUCUUUCACUACUUCUUGUUCACGCUGUUUUUUUUUGUAAUCCAUGAAUUAAAUAUGUUUUAUAUUUCGA